GAAGGCACGAAAUGCAAGAUCAUCACGCCCAACAAGAGAGGAGACAACGACGACCCCUCUCUGAGGAAGGUGCUGAUCCAAGGCAGCAAAGAGCAGAUCGCCAAGUGCAAGGAGGCCAUCAACGGUGUCCUCAUGGGCGAGGAGCCCAAGGACGUGUUGGCGCAGAUUGAUGGUGCGGUCAUCAUCAAGAACAUUGAGCCGAUGUCCAUGGGCCAUCUUGCGAAGAUCAAAAGCAAGAUCGAAGAGGAGAUGAAGGUCCGGAUAGAGUCCGCUCGAAUCUGGGGCAACGACAACGAUCACGACAAGGCAUUAAAUGCCAAAGAGAGAAUAGAGGAAGAGAUGGAGGACAUCACCACCGUGGACACUUGCACAGUGAGUGUUCCGGCACACUUAGU